AUGUCGCGAGUUUACGAAAAAUCCAAGCACUUCCGCUUCCUCGACCUGCCAAAAGAGCUUCGAGAAGAGAUAUACCAAUAUCUCAUGCCACAACCCACCAACUUCUCAGUCGGGUCAGUGUUCACCUUCGGCAUUCGACCAAGCUGCAGAAAGUCAGCUUCGCCAACGACGCCGUACUCCAUCUCGCAAAUUUGUCGCGAGAUCCGAUACGAGGCGCUCUUCACAUACUAUUCUUCCACACCAUUCACCUUCGACUUCCUCUGGCACAAAGACAUAGAAUCCGCGCGAAGGUGGCUUGCCUGUCAGGAUGAGACUGCCAUCUCGUCGAUGAGAGACAUCACGUUCAGACAUGGCUCGUUGGACUUUGAGCAUCACGCUUUGAUCCUCGUCGACUUGAGAAAGACGGCCGUCUCGGUUCUAGACCCGGCUUUCAAGGCUUGUCUGGAAGGGAAGAUGGUUCAUAUCGUUGUGAAGCGGCUGCAAGCGAUUGUCGAUGGCCUGAGCGCUGUCGACGGCAGGACGGUACUGACGAAAGAUGCACUGGCGAGGAUGUUUGAUGCUGCUGGCAUGAUGUUCGGGGUGCAGUGGCCAGCAGGGCGUCCGGUCACACUAUGCGAGACACUCUACUAA